AUGAAAAAAAGGUUAGUUUUGUUUGAUGAUUCUGAUGAUAAUUCUGAAACUGAAUCAGAUAAGCUGAAACUCAAAUCGAGGAAGAAACAGUUUAAAAUUCCAGAAUAUCCCCAACCACCAUCAUUUCCUGUCAAUGAACAAAAUGAAGAUUACAUGAAGUAUCAAUUACAAGAUGACAAACACGAAGAACCAACGGAGUCUGCCAUCGAUAAAAAAGAUUGUUCACUAUUUCUGAACCCAAGCACAUCAAUUGGUCUCUCAAUAAUGGAAAGAAUGGGGUUUAAAAUUGGAAAUGCUUUGGGUAAUUCCGCCACAGCAAUUAAAGAACCAAUUGAAGUAUCUUUAAAAAGUGGUAGACAAGGUCUAGGGGGUGGGUUCAAACCACUUCAGUAUAAGCAAGAAGAUGUUGAAAAUUUGAAAUUAAACCUAGCAAAUUCGAACAAACAAAGAAUCGAAUUAAGAGAUUUGAAGAAAAUCAUGAAAUUAUGUUUUGAAUUAAGUGGUGAAUAUGAUAAAUAUUUGGAAGGGGAAGAUAUUACCGAAGUGAAUAGUCUUUGGCAACCAUAUGUAAAAAUUUAUGUUCUGAAACAGCAGAGUGCAGCUGUGGGUUCAGUAAAAGCAAAGUUUAAUGCAGUGGAAACACUACAGCUAUUUGAAAGAGAAGUUGAAAAUACCGAGCAGACAUUAUCGGAUCUACUAAAUUAUCUACGGGGAACCCACAACUACUGCUGGUAUUGUGGGCUAAAAUAUAAUGACCAAAACGACUUGCUAACAAACUGUCCAGGUAAAACUCGUGAUAUACAUUUAACUAUUUAA